GGCAUUGGAAUAAACAAACCACAUUUUUAUACGUAUUGAAUUAGUGUAGUUAUUCACAUUUUGUAUUAUUGAGAAUUUAAUCAGAACCGGGAUAUAAAUCUAACUGUGCUGGUAUCCAGGACUUUCAUCAUCAUUAUCACCAUCAUCGUAUAUAUACAUAUACAUAACCAAUGGCUGAAUUUCGUAAAUGUUUUGAAAACUUAGACACAGAGAAACGUGGUGUAAUUACAAUUGAAGAUUUAAAAAAUUAUAUGUAUAAAAUGCAUUAUAAAGAAACAUUCUUACAUAAAUGGAUUGAAUUAUUUGAUCCUGAACAUACAGGAUUUAUUACUUAUGAACAAUAUUGUAAAACACUUGGUUUAAUACCACGUAAACGUACACUUAGUAAAAAUUUAACAGAUUCUACAUUAUUAUCAUCAUCAUCAUCAUUGUCUAUUUCAUCAAAACAAGAUAAUGUCAAUGAAGCAUUCAUUGGUAGUUUUGAUAAAAAUGUAAACGAGACUAAUAUUGUUACAAUCAUUCAACAAUCUGAUUCAAAUGAACCAGAUCAAAAAAUUGAACAAACAAUUAUAACAACAGAACAACAUUCAACUAUUCAUAUACAGAUUGAUCAAACAAUAAAAAAUACAUGUACUUUAAAACAAUCAAAAGUUGAAAUCAAUGAAACAGAACAGCAACAACAACAAAAUGAGUUUCCAAAUCAAUUAAAUAAUCCCAUUCAUCAAAAUAUCAAUAAUGAUAGUACCAAUUUAACAAUGAUAAAUAAUCAAAACAUUAUUACAGUAAAUGAUGAAUAUAUCGAUGAGAAUAUGAUAACAGUGAAGGAAAAUAUUAUUUCACCUAUUAAUAAUGAUAUACUACUUAAAAAUACUGAACAAAUGAUAACUGAUCUAAUUGUUUCUAAUGAAAAUGAGAAUAAAUUUAUUGAAUCAUUAAAACAAAUCGAUAUUGAAAUGAAUAAUGAAUUGAAAUCAUCAAUUGAACAAACACAAUUAUCAAUUACAGAUCCAAUAAAAUCAAUGAGUUCAGAUAAGAAAUCAAUUAAAAAAUCUAAAAAAAAACAAAAAAAUUUAUUAUCAUUAGAGAAAAAUAUAUCUGAUAUCAUUAUGGAUACUAAUCUAUUAUUACCGAUAGAAAAUAUUACAUUAGAUAGUGAACAUAAUGAAUUCAUAAGUAGUAUCAUUACACAAGAUAUAAAUAAUUCUGGGAUAAAUAUUACUGAUGUAACAUAUACUACUACUACUACUACAAGUAGUAUUCAAAAUGAAAUCUCUUCAUUACAAUUCAAUAUCAAUGAUAAUCAAUCAUCUAUAAACAAUGUACUUGAAAUAGAUCCACAAUACAAUAAGGAAUAUAUUGAAAACUCUAUGAAACAUUUAAAGAAAACCCAAAAAUCAAUAAAUAAAGAAAAAGAUCUAAAAGAACAAUAUGAAACAAAUAUUCAACCUUUAAAUUCUUCAUUUAUAUCUGAAUCAGCAGAUAGUGAACACAAUGAACCCAGUGAUAUAACAUUAUCUUCCAUAGAGAUAUCGAUCCAUAAAGAAGAUCCUAUUAGUUUACAUGUUUUACAAUAUGAAAAACCAAUGUCUACAUCUACUCAUCUAUUGAAUGAAUCAAAUCAAUUCACUGAAUGUUGUUUAUCCAAUGAAACUAAUCAAGAAACUGAUUCAGAAUUGGAUCAUGAAAUUAUACAUAAUGAUGAAAUUUCUAAACAAACUAUAGAAAAAUCGAAUAAAAAAUCAAGUAAAAAGAAAGAAACUAUAUAUAACCCAUUAGGACAAACUAUAGAUCAGGAAAUAUUAAUAAAUGAUCCUGUACAUUUUGAAUCAAUAGGCUUGAUCAAUCAACAAUCAAGUCAAUUUAUUACUGAAAGUUUACCAACAUCAGAAUUGUUAAUUAUUCCACAGGAGAUUCAAUCUAUAUCAAAAACACCUCAAGGAAUUAAUGAAGAAGCUGACACUAAUGAUAAUAAUAAUGUUGAACUAUUAUCACCACCAGAAUUAAUUAGUGAUGAGAAAAAUUUUGAGAAAGGAUCAAAAAAAUCUAGAAAAAAACAUGAAAAGAAAAAUUCCGAUAUUGAACAAGACUCAUGUAUAAUUGUUAAUGAAGUAUUACCUGGGGAGAAGAAGAUGAUGAAGAAGAAGAAGAAGGAGAAGAAGAAUACGACAGACUCAAAAAAUGAUCAUUUACAAGAGGUAAACAUGUUUGAUAUGGAGAUGACAUCGGAAUCUAUAAAUAAAGAAUAUAUUAAUCCAUCUGUGAUGUCAUUUUCCGAUCCAACAUUCCUUGAAUUAAACAGUACAAAUUCUCAGUCAGAAUGUUGUAUAGAACAAACAUCUAAUAAACAACAUACAAUUAUUCUAGAAACUAACAAUUCAUCUGAACAAGUUUUAAAUGAAUCACAAAUGAACAUAUCAAAUGAUAAUACUGUUCAUACUGAAAUAACUCAUAUAAGUAGUACAAUUCCAGUAGAUGAUCAUGAUGAAACUUCAGAAUACAUUGAAAAAGUACAAUUCAAUAAUAAUGAUAAUGACACAUUAGUAGAACAAUCAUCUCUAAGAAAAGGAGAUAUAAGUGAAAUGAGUACAGAGUUGACGUUAUGUGAUACAGAAUUAAACAUUGAACAUCAAGAUACUAACAAAAACUCAUUAAAACAAUCAAAAAAGAAACAAAAGAAAACAAAACAGCUAAUUGAAAAGAAUAUAAAAGUUGUUGAGAGUCAUAAAAAUACUACUAAUACUUCUAUUCCUCAGAGUAUAGCAACAACAAUUGAUAUAAAUCGAACUGUAGAUUCCCCUCUAUCCACUGAUAUAAAAAUAACAGAACAAACACAACAACUAAUAAUAUCACUGAGUUCAAAUGAUUUGGUUAGUCAACCUUCAGAUGGAUUCAGUAAAAAAUCAUCAAGUAAUAAAAAAACUAAGAAAGUUAAAAUACAGUCUAAUGUUUCAGAUGAUAAUUACUUUUCAAAGUCUACGUCUACCAUAUUACCGAAUUCUUUGAUACCGGUUAAUGAAGUAAAUAGUACUGAAUAUAGUAAUAGUAGUAGUAGUGGUAGAAACACUAAAAAUAAUUUCACAUCAAUAUCAAUUCCAUUUUGUAAAACAAUUUGUAAAGUUUCUCAUGAUGAAUUACAAAAUUCUCUAAGUCAUAGAAAUACAUCUAACUUGAAAGCAAAGAAUAAAAAACUUCAUUUAACAAAAAAUAACAAAUUAAAGAGUAGUGAAACAAUCGUCCCUAAUCAACUAGAUGACAAAUUGAAUAAUAAAUCUGUAAUUAAUGAAAUAACAAUGGGACAAUCAUCAAAAACAGUUACUGAAGAAGAAACACAAGAAAAUACUAGGAAACGACGUUUUCCUAAGUCUUUCAUAACGCAAGUUGAUCCAAAAUAUAUUCGUUCUGCUCGUUUAGCUGCUAAACGAAGAAAAACUGAUUCAACUAAUAAACCAAAAGAAACAUCAUCAUCAUCAUCUACAGAUAAAAGAAAGACAUCAAUUAAACAGGAAUCUAAGAAAAUAUUGAAAAAAUGGCGUCUACGACCAAGUUUAAGAGAAAAUGGUGUAAUUGUUAUAUUAUUAGCUGGACGACAUCGUGGUAAACGUGUAGUUAGUUUAGGUAGACAAAAAUCAACAGGUCUUUUACUUGUCACUGGACCAUAUUGUUAUAAUGGUUGUCCAUUACGUCGUGUUCAUCCAGAUUAUGUGAUUGCUACUAAAACAAAAAUUGAUUUAAGUAGUGUAAGUUGUUGUUGGUAUUUUAAUUAAUUUGAAAAACGUUUAAUGUUUACUGAAUAAUGAAUGUUUAACUUCAUCCAGCCCUUCCUUCUAUUGAUUAAGGUAUGACGAUGUAUAUUAACUCAAGAAUUACUGCAGUUCUGCGACGGUAGAAGUAAACGGAUUUUUUUGUUUUUUUUCUUUUUGGAGGUGUUAAUGUGACUGGAUUGUAAGACAGGAGGGAGGAAGUGAGAGAGAGAGAGGGAGCAGUUCUGUUGAUCAAUGAUUUUCGGUUAAACGAUUAUAACGAUGAUAGUGAGAUAAAAGCCGAUAAUAAAACUUAAUGAUUAUUGUAAGCAAGUGGAAUCUAGGACGCACGUUUCGUCUUAUUUGAGACUUGUCAGCUGAAUGUACCUACAUCUCAGAAUUGAUAUUCAUUCUGAGAAUCAAAAACAUCACCCCGUUGCACAUGCUGGUGGUUAUAAGGACUCAGUAGCUAAGUGGAUAACGCGAUGGCGUUAGAAGUAAACGGUACUGUGUUUGAGUCCCGGAGUGAACAUCAACUCUGAGAUGCAGGUACAUCCAUCAGACAAGUCCCAAAUAAGAUGAAACACGUAUCCUGGAUCUCACUGCUAGCCACCAUCCAUCUUUGCUUACAAUGCUUGUGAGUUGGGGUAAUAUCGAGACAAUCGUCUCAAGAUACACAUAUGCUAAUAAGAGACUGAUUAAUUGCAGUCUUAAACAUACAAUGCAAAAGUGAAUUAAUGAUUAUUGGUUUAAAAUGUAGUUUCCCGUCCUCUUUCACCUGAUAGCCAAAAUGGAACGCAACCCAAGAACCAGACAACUUCUAAUCAAGGGGUUUUAAUUUAUGAAUCACUUAUAUGAUGAUAUAAAGUACAGUUCUGACCACAAAUUAACACAAUUUAGAAAGUAAAUAUGGGUGUAACUAUGCCGUAAUUGGAAGAGGACUGAGCAAUAGGUCUGUAGUAAAUUAACAAUAACUUAAAAAAGAUAAUUAUCGAGUAUCAGGUGUUGGGUAGAAAGGCAAACAUAAAUAUUUCUCUUCCACUAUGACAUGUUGAUUUUUAGGCAUACAUGGACAGGCACAUAACUACUGUGCAUGGUUCUAUGUCAUUCCAUAAGACGGUAAUUUUUAGUAGUAUUGAGUUUUAAGUCUUUUGGAAACCUGAAUACCAUAGCUUGAUACUCUAGUAAAAUCAUUCACAUUAGUCAAUUACAAAUGAUUGUCUUGAUCAAUAGUGUCGUCGAUCAUUUAUAUAUGGCACGAGUCAGUCGAUUUUGCCCCAUCUUAUUUACUUAAUUUACUGAACUCUUAAUUAUAAACAAUAGAGAUGUGCACUGCAAUCUAUCACUGAAAUAUAUCUUUAAAAACAACGAGAUUAAUUAAAUAAGAAAACGACUAGGGAUCAAUCGAACUAUUGAAGUAUAACAGAGUAGGCUGUCAGUUAAGUCCUAGUGAGAGAGAAAGAUCUUAGGUAUACAUUUCUAUUGGUUCCCAAACUACAACAACACUAUCACAAGUUCUCAUGUUAAAAUAAAUUUAGAUUUUGACUUUCUAAGCUUUAAGUUAUAAGUGUCUGGUUGUGAUCUGGUUGUGAUCUGGUUAUGAUCUGGUUGUGAAGGGGUCUUUAAUCUAAAUCAAUUUAUUGUUUAGUGCAAAAUCUCAGUGACUUAAUAGAAUAUGAAAAUCAUACAUUAAAUACAUCAUUUGCACAGCUUGUUUGUGUUGUCGUUUACAUACUCUAUCAUUUUUCUGAUUCUGUUGUUAUUUUGAUUGCUCUCCGUUUUCUUUCCCUAUUCUCUUCAUUUCAACAUUAUGCUAUUAGACAUUCCACUUCUGAUUGGUUCUAUAUACUACUUAUAUCUGUCAGCAUAAGUAGCAUACACCCAACUAUUACUUUGACUCAUUCUAAUCUUGAUGUUACCUGAUUUUGACUGUACUACCGAAAUGAUGAACAAAUAAUUAUUUAGAAUUAAGAUGUAAUUGUUUUACUAUAGGAUCAUAUGGGUCUCGGUGGUAUUCAAUGAUCUACACAACCCCAUAAUGAUAAUUACCAUAUCCUCACUAAUGAAUAGCUUCCAGAAGAGAUUUCGAGUUUUAUUAAUAAGAUAUGACCAGCGGAGUUCAACUAUGUUGAUUAUGAGAUAGUUAUUUAACUGAAGCUAUUGAAGAUAAUGGCACAAUAUUGUGAAUGGACUGGAGUUAUACAUGUACACUAUUCGAUCCUGGCUCAGUGGUCUAUAGAUAAAGUACUCAUUCAUGAGACUAAAUGUCUUGCAUUCGACCCCCGAAGUUUAGGUCGUGGAUGCUCACUGUUAUUGUGUUCCAUGCUACAGGGGAACAGAUGUCUAAUACUUUCAAACUUUUAAUGAUUUAUUUAAUUGAACACAUAAACAUUGGUACAUGGGUAUAUCAAAUACAUAUGCUUCACACAAUAGCAUUGAGGCCAGUAGUAGUUAUCAUUGAUUUGUAAGGGGGCUGUGUUACUAACCGGGUGCCGAAAAUCAAAGCAAGUGGCUUACUUACGGGGGCCACUCCACGAGCCUUUGACCUAAGGGCCUAAUCCACAAGGUAGUGGAGCAAGGUAAGUAGAUGCAGUCCUAUGGUAGACAGUGACCAACAUUUGGUUCACACGCCAUUUGUUCCCUCACGGUCCUACACCCCAUGUUCGCCUUUAGUUUGGAAUCAGGGUUUCCUAACUCCUAUGGGUUGGUCUUCCGUACCCAUCAACCCGGUUAAGAUGCCGGACAUUUGCUGUUUGUCCUCUGAAUUUUGUAGACAACACUGAGUUCUCGAUAAGACAAUGAGUAUGACUUCCCUCUUAGUGGUUGUAUACGUGUGACCAUGUGAAAGGAUUUGAAUAGGAGGAGUGGAAUCUCUCCACCUUUGACCGUACUAAAGCAGUUGAGGGGGGGGGGCUAAUUAAGAUCAGUUCAUGAUUUCAAUCACAUAGAAUUUGGUUUGACUUUAGAUUGUAAUUAUUUGAUAAUUAAAUAUUCCAAGAGUAUCCCCCUAGUUUUAAUGGUUAUAGUGUUUAUUUUUCCUUCCAUAUUUCUCUUUCAUCAUCACAGUUAUCACUUCCUGAAAGAAUUCACACUAAAAAAUAUUUCACUAGAACUACCAAAUGUAAAAGUUUCAAAACAAAACAUAAUCAUAAUCAUUUUGAUGAGAUUCUUGAACAUGGUAUUAAUACUGAAAGAUCAGCUUAUAAACCAAAUGAUGAAAGGAAAACUGAUCAAAUCUAUAUAGAUAAUGAAGUGAGAAAGGCGAUCAAAUCUCAUACAGAUUCCAAGUUACUAAUUGGCUAUUUGAAAUCAUUAUUCUCAAUUGGAAAACAUGAUAAACCACAUGAAAUGUUGUUCUAGUAAAAUGUUAACACAUUCAUUCAAUCAUAUACAUAUAUAUAUAUACAACAUUCAGAUAAACAAUAAUACACAUAGAAACGAAUAAACUACACAAAUUGACCUUCCUAAAACAUACUAACUCCUCUUUACUAUACUACUACUACUACUACCACUACUGCUACUAAGAACUACAGAUACAACACUCAUUAUAAAUGAAGCAUUUCAACAUGCAACUUAAAUGUAAUUCAUCUCUUUUAAUUGCCACUCUUUUGAAUGUACUUUUUCUUGAGUCUUUUCUUUUCUCUGAAUAAAAUUCAGAACAAAUAAUAAAUAAUGAUUAACUGUUCAAUGUUUAGAAAAAUCAUAUUCUUAGGUUGUUUUUGUCUUGUUACCUUUUGAUGUUAUUUUCUUGUCGUAAACUUGUGUCUUUUUGUUUCUUUUUUGUCUUCCUUUAUCUGUGUCUAUUUUUCAAAUGUAUUCACUUCACGUUUUUUUGUUUCUAAACCAAAAUAAAUCUCAUUUCUGGAUUGAAAUUUAGUACUUUUCAUGAAGUGGAAUGUUCUUGGUCUGUAAAAUUCAUGCAACAUAAUAAUACUACUUAAUACGAAAUGAGUAACUUAAUUUCAAUGUUCAAAUUAUCACGUUUCAGAAACUUUCCUAGUCAAGUUGAGCGAUUAUUUGAUUGGAGCUUGCGUGCAUGGAUUCUAAAGUAUUAAGGUUUCGUUUUACCAGGAGAUAUACAAGGAGAAAGAUAUGAAUGAAGUGGAU